GUUAAAACAUAUGCCCACGCUGUGCCCGCAUAGCAUGUUAUUUACAACACGGCGAGACUCGGGGGCUCAGUUAGAGGAGAAGCACAAUACCGACGAGGCGCGUCCACCGAAGAAUUGAGCGGUAGAGCGUCUGCAAGAGGACAGAAAGAACGGAAACAGAAGUAGAGGAACAAGAGCCAGACGUCCUCGAUUUGUUUUGAACUCUUUUGCCCAAGACCGAAAGAGAGGGUUGGGUUUUUUAUGUUCAUUGAAAAAAAAUCAGAAAUAACUUGAAGAGACGCGCUCGACGACGGCGAAACCAAUGGCCAAGUCCAUUCUCCUGAUCAACGGGCCCAAUCUGAACCUGCUAGGCACGCGGGAGCCGGCGAUCUACGGCUCGACGACGCUGGCCGACGUCGUGUCAGCGGCGGAGGCGCAGUGCGCGGCGGCGGGCGUCGCGUUCGCGCACUUCCAGUCCAACUGGGAGGGCGGCAUCGUGGACCGGAUCCACGAGGCGCGCGGCGACGGCGUGGACGCCGUCGUGAUCAACCCGGGCGCGCUGACGCACACGAGCGUCGCCGUGCGUGACGCGCUCGCCGGCGUCGACAUCCCCUUCGUCGAGGUCCACAUCACCAACGUGCACAGGCGCGAGCCCUUCCGGCACCACAGCUACCUCAGCGACAAGGCCGAGGCCGUCAUCUGCGGCCUGGGCGUCUACGGCUACAAGGCCGCGAUUGAGUUCUGCAUCGAGCAUCUGAAGGUGAAGGGGAAGGCGUCGCUGUGAUGGGGCAGAAAGAAAAAGAAAAGGAAAAAACGGGUAAAAGGUAGAUCGACAAUUGAGAAUCGGCACAACUGUCUUCGUCGGGUGUAAGCUGCUUUUAAUUUUUCUCUUCUUCUUUUCUUGUUCAACUUUUUUUUCUUUGGAAAAAAAAAGUGAGUACAUAGUUAGUAUCUUGGCU